AUGUUGAUCUCACUCAUUGCGACGACUCUUGUCGCCAGCUUGGCCAUGGCCUCGUCUUUUCAGAUCCAAAAAUGGCAAGAUCCUAACACCGGAUUGACUUGGAUCUAUAAAGACUCAUCCCUGCCAAAAGUCAUGCAAGUGGUUGAUCAGCCGUUUAUUGAGCUUUACAACACCGGUGACGGAACGAUCCUAUCAGGGUCGACCUAUGGACGCUUGGACACCAUAGACUAUGGGGGUGGCUCUGGUGGACUGACUCCUGAAACGCUCAUUAGUAAUGUCAGCGAAGUGCUCGACAUUGCUCAACUAGCCAUCCGUAACAUAGGCGGAGGCGGUAGUGCGGAUGCCAAUUCGGACAGAUUCUUGAAUAUCUCAAUGGAUGCUCACCUGCGACUUUGUUCCCCUGCCUCAGACAUCGUUGGUGCUGUUAUGAUUCAUGGAACAAACACAUUGGCAGAGACUGUCUUUGGCGUCGAUCUCACUUUGAAUUGCUCCAAGCCAUUUGUCGCUACAGGGUCUAUGCGUCCAAAUUCGGCUAUCUCACCCGAUGGCCCCUUCAACUUCCUUGACGCAGUCAGGACAGCGAUUCACCCAGAGGCCCGCGAUCGCGGAGCUCUGAUUGCGUUCAACGAUCACUUAGUAUCAGCUUUUUAUGGAACCAAGACUAAUGGUAACUCAGUCACAACUUUCUUGGCCAUGGACCAAGGUUAUAUUGCUCAAUUCUUAGCCGGUCAGCCAUAUUUUUUCUAUGGAGCAUCCCUGCCAAAGGCUCGACACUACUUCGACCCUUUCAACCUCACCAUGCCACUCCCCAAGGUGGUAGUUCUAUAUGGUCAUCAGGGAUUUGACGCUGGCCUACUCUAUGCGGCAGCAGCAGAUGGCGCUAGAGGAAUUGUGAUUAUGGGAGUCGGUCCUGGCGGUCUCAGUACGGCAGCCACAGAGGCUGCUAAUAAACUCUUCGAGAAGGACGUCGUUACCGUCGCAUCCCUCCGCCCCUUUUUCGGUGCAGUUGUUCCUUCACCUCAACCAGGAAAUAUCAUCAGCUCUGGGUUUAUGCAUGGCGAACAAUCACGCAUCCAGCUACAGCUAGCCCUGGCAUCAGGUUACGGAUUUAACGCUACCCGCAAGCUUUUCGAGGGAGAAAUCCGCAAUGCUGUCUACUCACCCGCCACGGCCUAUUAUAAUGCGACAAGCCUUUGA